UUUCGUGAGUUACAUCCCUACAAAACUGCAGACAAAAAGUGAAUAUUUCGGGUUUUUUUUGUUGUCAUUCGUCUGAACUUUCGCCGUGCAAUCAAUUGCGAUUAAAUCCGGCCCAGCUAAUCCGUAUAGCUAAUUAGCCAGUGGCGUGGCCGGGCCCCCAGCGCUCCAAGCAGAUGGAGCAGGAGCUGCCGCAGUAGUUCGUUCCAUUACAGUUUCCAUUUCCAUUGAACAAAACGAACACCCAACCCAAAAAAAAGAAAAAAAGAAAAAACGCGAAGCAGAGGCGGCGGCGUGCGAGAGCGAGAAAGCAACAGAGAGAGCAAGAGGAGCGAAAGAAAGAGAAAGAGAGGCGGAAAAAAGGAAAACUCGAAAGAAGAAAAACUUGGCAUUUUAUUCCGGAUUAUAAUUGAAGGGGGGAAUAUAGCGCGCGCGGCCUAAGUUCCCAACUGAGCACAGAUUGAGAGACGCCAUGGACGCGGACAGGGGCGGCGGUGGCGGUGGCCAGGAGACGAAGGUCAUCUAUCACAUAGACGAUGAGACGACGCCGUAUCUGGUGAAGAUCCCCAUACCAUCCGCCCAGGUGACGCUGCGCGACUUCAAGCUGGUGCUGAACAAGCAGAACAACAACUACAAGUACUUCUUCAAGUCAAUGGACGCGGAUUUUGGUGUCGUCAAGGAGGAGAUUGCCGACGAUGCCACCAUUCUGCCCUGCUUCAAUGGGCGGGUCGUCUCCUGGCUCGUGUCUGCCGAUGGUACCAAUCAAUCGGAUAACUGCUCGGAGCUGCCCACCAGUGAAUGUGAGCUGGGCAUGCCCAUGACCAUGCCCAUGCCCAUGGGCAGGAAGCAGGGCCAGCUUGGCCAGCAACAGCAGCAGCAGCAGCAGGUGCAGCAGCAACAACAGCACAUCCAGCAGCAGCAACAGCAGCACCUCCAGCAGCAGCAGCCCCACCUCCAACAGCAGCAGCAACAGCAGAAGCUCAUGAGCAAUCCGCUGAUGCAGCCGCCACCGCUCACAUAUCAAUCGGCAUCGGUGCUGUCCAGCGACUUGGACUCGACCAGCCUGUUUGGCACCGAAUCGGAGCUAACCCUUGACCGGGACAUGACCGACUACAGCAGCGUCCAGCGGCUGCAGGUGCGCAAGAAGCCGCAGCGUCGCAAAAAGCGAGCGCCGAGCAUGUCGCGCACCUCCUCGUACAGCUCCAUAACCGACUCGACGAUGUCUCUCAACAUAAUCACCGUGUCGAUCAACAUGGAGGCGGUCAACUUUCUGGGCAUCUCCAUUGUCGGCCAAUCGAAUCGCGGCGGUGACGGUGGCAUCUAUGUGGGCAGCAUUAUGAAGGGCGGCGCCGUUGCCCUGGAUGGAAGGAUCGAGCCGGGGGAUAUGAUACUCCAGGUGAACGAUGUGAAUUUCGAGAAUAUGACCAAUGAUGAGGCGGUUAGGGUGCUGCGUGAGGUGGUCCAAAAGCCGGGACCCAUUAAAUUGGUGGUGGCCAAAUGUUGGGAUCCAAAUCCCAAGGGAUACUUUACCAUACCGCGAACGGAGCCGGUGCGACCGAUUGAUCCCGGUGCCUGGGUGGCACACACCCAGGCGCUCACCUCGCACGACAGUAUUAUCGCCGAUGCCAUGUCGGAGCCGAUUAAGGAGCGACUGGACCAGAACAACCUCGAGGAGAUCGUCAAGGCGAUGACGAAGCCGGACAGCGGACUUGAGAUACGGGAUCGAAUGUGGCUGAAGAUAACCAUACCCAAUGCCUUCAUCGGUGCGGACGCCGUCAACUGGGUGCUGGAGAAUGUGGAGGAUGUGCAGGAUCGGAGAGAGGCCAGGCGGAUUGUCUCGGCGAUGUUGAGGAGCAAUUACAUCAAGCAUACGGUCAAUAAGCUGACCUUCUCGGAGCAAUGCUAUUACGUUGUCAACGAGGAGCGCAAUCCGAAUCUGUUGAACCGCGGUCCGGGCCAUCUCCAUCCGCACCAGCAUCCGCAUCCGCAUGGGCAUGCACUGAGCCAUGCGGACACCGAGAGCAUCACCAGCGACAUCGGGCCGCUGCCAAACCCGCCCAUAUAUAUGCCAUACUCGGCCACGUACAAUCCAAGUCACGGCUAUCAGCCGAUCCAGUACGGCAUCGCCGAGCGACACAUCUCGUCCGGAUCGAGCAGCAGCGAUGUGCUCACCAGCAAGGACAUCUCGGCGUCGCAGAGCGACAUCACCUCGGUGAUCCAUCAGGCCAAUCAGCUGACCAUUGCCGCCCAUGGCUCCAACAAAUCCUCCGGCUCCUCGAAUCGCGGCGGCGGCGGAGGAGGAGGAGGCGGCGGUGGUGGUGGUGGCAACAAUACCAACGAUCAGGACGUAUCCGUAUUUAAUUACGUAUUGUAGAGAAACCUUUCUUUUUGCAAUCAAAUUGUGUUUUUAAUUAAUUAAAUUAAAAUAUGUACGAUUAUUCUUUUUUUAUAUACGAGUAUACAAAGCAAACAAAACGGCAAAAACAACAAUAUAAUAAUUAAUAAUUAAUAAUAAUACUUAUGUAUAAUGUACGUACUUUGUAAGUCAUAGAAAAGAACGCAUAACACACACACACACACAAUACACGAAGGAGGAGCGCAUAACGACGAUGAUACGAAGUGCAGAGCGGAGGAUCGGAAGGAAGCAGAAGAAGGAACGCGAGAGAUCAGAUCAGGUCAAACUUCAAAAAUAUAUAUGAUAAGAUCGAGAUCGAGAUGGAGAUCGGAAUCGGAAGCGAGGACGAUAUGAUGGCGGAGGAUCGGGAGGAUCAGUUACGCGGCACCAUGAGUAUGGCCGAUCGAUGGACGAUGAUUUUGAAUAAAGUUCUAAGAAUUUAGUAAUCACAAAGUAAAUAAAUACAAAUAAAAUGAAUAA